UCUUCUCCUCCCUCCCUCAGAAGUUCAGGUUCUCUCCCUCCGUCUUCCCCUGCUUGGUUUUCCCUUCCGGCCGGCAUUGCGGCAGUCCUUUUUGCUGUGCUCAACAAGAUUCUGCCGCUGCUUAGGUAAAGGAAACUUUCAGGGCUUUCUACAGUGAGAAGCUACAGGUUUUUCACUCGUUAAGUCAGGAGAUUAAUAGACGGCGAUAUGAGGAACUCCUGUGAGUGCUGCAAGAGAUACUGGACCCAUUUGCAUGGAAAGGUCAAGCGUUUCAUCACGCGCAUGGAUAGACACUCUAGGCAUAGCAUGGUCAUACCAGAGAGAUUUGUGAACUAUUUCGCGUGGAAGCUGUCAGGAACCAUCAAGUUGGAAGCCCCCAAUGGCAAUGUCUACGAUGUUGGAAUUACUGAGCGUAGGAACAAAACAGUGCUCCGAUCUGGGUGGGAGGCGUUUGUCGACGCCAAUCAUAUUGUAGAAAGUGACUCGUUGAUGUUCCGAUACCGUGGAAAUUGUCGCUUCAAGGUCGUGGUCUUUGAUUCUAGUGGUUGUGAGAAAGUGUUUUCCUGUGCUGGCAUACUGACCAAUAUUAGUGAUCAAGAACCAAGCACAAAUUCUACGGACAUUUCAACCAGUUUCAGUGAUGGUAAUACUCAUUCGUCAGCACGACGACAAUCAGAUGAUUGCCAGAGUGGAAGCUCAGGCCACCGUAGAAAGCGAGCAAAGAAAGAUGCAAUAUCCUCACCUUCGGAGGAUUCGUCAGGAGAAGACAGUCCUUAUGAGCAUGAGUCAUCUGAAUCCGAUGGUCAGACGCUCCCAACGCCUCUUUAUGUGUUAUCAGGGAAGUGCUAUUUAACAGAAGAAGAUGACGCCAAUAUAGUUGAACUUGUCCAGGAAAUUCAACCCGAAAUGCCUUUGCUCGUGGCUAUGAUGAGGAAGCCCAGUGUGAAACCAUAUCCUGAUCUGGUAAUUCCCAAGGAUUACACACUCGCACACUUUCCUCGCAAAAAUCAGACUAUCAAACUACAACUGCCUGAGCAGAGCAAGAAAUGGUACUGCGAGUUCCGUGUCAAAUCUGAUGGAGGUCAUUGCAGUCUGUAUGAUUGUGGCUUUGUCCGUGAAAAUAAUUUACUGGAGGGAGAUCUGUGCGUCUUUCAGCCCAUGACGAGUCGUAAGGGUAGAACAUUCAAAGUGAUUGUCCGUCUGCUUCGCAAAGCGACUAUUGAUCAUCCCUCAAGUGAAAAUAUCUCAAAACGUGGUUUGCCAAGCACAAAGAAUGCCCCAACAUUGUGUAUUAAGGAGGAACCAAAUGACGAUGAAGAAACCUUCUCUUCGGGUCAUCAUGAACAUCGGAUAAGUGAGAAGUAUCCUGAUCAUGAUGGUACAGAACCCUACAUGAUGGCAAUGGGUGCCGAACUAACGGAAGUGCAGGACAAGGUAGUUUUGGAGAAAGUUGGAGCCAUUGCGUCAGAUCUGCCCAUUUACGUGGCAGUCAUGACCAAGACCAGUGUCCGCGUCUCACUAACCUUUGGCACGGAGUACACUGCCAGGUACCUUCGAACGGGAGGCCGUAACUUGGUGCUUCAGCUGGAGGGGAAGAGCCAAAGAUGGCAUGGCAAGAUGCGCGACAAGAAAGGUGCCCUGAGGAUAAGUGGGGGCUGGACUUCUUUUGCGAGUGAGAACGGCCUGCGGGAGCGGGACAUCUGCCUCUUCGAACUGAUGAAAAACAAGGGGGAACUGAAGCAGAAGAUGAUGGUCUACAUCCUUUCCAGAGAAUUGUUUGCUUGAGACAUGCCUCGACUCUCUGUGCUGGUAUUUUGUAUAUCCAUGGGCUCGUUGGUACUUUUGUGAUUUGGAAGUGGAAACGGUGGGCAUGGGACCA